CCCACACACAUCAUUGCCUGUGCUCUGUACAGUAUAUCUGAAUUUUUACAGUUAACUGGACGUUUUUUUAAAGUGUUGCACCUCAUCGGCUUAUAUCUGUGUAGACUCGCGUCAAGCCGGUGUGAGUGAUUUAAUCCAGCGCGACGCCCCGCAAAGUGACAUUCACAUCCGAGUCGUUGGCGGGAGGCGGCAGAGAUCUGGAGAAAGAAAAUAACGCUCGGGCUGAUGGGGGUGGCAUGAAGGGUGGCGAGGGGCCCCCAAGGCGUGAAGACGGGGGCCCCAGGCCCGACGCGGGCCCGGAGCUGAAGCCCAAGAAGAGGCGAAACAGCAGCAGUGACGUGGAUACGGGAGAGGGGAGUGGAGACGAAAACGAGAGCUGCCGCGUUCGGUUCUUGUCCGUCAGGCAGGUAAACACAUCGCUGUCAUCCGUCACUUUCGUGUGGAUGGUGUAUCAAUAUUUUAAUGUGAUGUCUUAUCCGUAUUUAUGCGAUUAACUCAAGCUUGGUUAUCAUUAUCCUUACUAAUUUCUAGGGAUUAUAUAUUUUUUCUUGGCCCCCAUCCAUAAAUGUAAUUUUCAUUCUUAUGUCAUUUAAAAAUACAUGUCUAUUUAUUGUGGGUUAAAUAUUUGAAAACGACUGAAUAAAAAUGAUUGUAUCAAUAGUAGGGCAUACUCUUAUCAACUCAACUUGUUCAAUGACCGAAUAGAAAUGAGUGUAUCAAUAGUAGGACAUAAUCUUAUCAACUCAACUUGUUCAAUGAAAGAAUAGAAAUGAUUGUGUCAAUAGUAGGACAUAAUCUUAUCACCUCAACUUGUUCACUGACAUAAUAGAAAUGAUUGUGUCAAUAGUAGGGCAUAAUCUUAUCAACUUAACUCAUUCAAUGACAGAACAAAAAUGAUUGUAUCAAUAGUAGGACAUAAUCUUAUCAACUCAACUUGUUCACUGACAGAAUAGAAAUGAAUGUAACAAUAGAAGGACAUAAUCUUGUCAACUCAUCUCCCUCAAUGACAGAAUAGAAAUGAAUGAAUCAAUAGUAGGACAUAAUCUUAUCAACUCAACUUGUUCAAUGAAAGAAUAGAAAUGAAUGUAUCAAUAGUAGGACCUAAUCUUAUCAACUCAUCUCCCUCAAUGACAGAAUAGAAAUGAUUGUGUCAAUAGUAGGACCUAAUCUUAUCAACUCAACUUGUUCACUGACAGAACAGAAAUGAAUGUAUCAAUAGUAGGACCUAAUCUUAUCAACUCAUCUCCCUCAAUGACAGAAUAGAAAUGAUUGUGUCAAUAGUAGGACAUAAUCUUAUAAACUCAACUCGUUCACUGACAGAAUAGAAAUGAAUGAAUCAAUAGUAGGACAUAAUCUUAUCAACUCAUCUCCCUCAAUGACAGAAUAGAAAUGAAUGAAUCAAUAGUAGGACAUAAUCUUAUCAACUCAACUGGUGCAAUGUAGAGAAAUGUUUUAGUUGUUUGUUGUUUUCUUUUUUAAUGUUUGUGUUUUUUUUUUUGUGUUUUUUUUUUUGGGGGGGGGGGGGGGGGGGGCUUUUGUGUUGUGUUUUUGGGGGGGGGGGGCGGGGGCAUCUUGUGUUGUAUUAUUGGGGGUGGGGGGGGAUUGAAGAAAUUAGAACAUCCUUUAAUUUAUUUUUAGAGUCUUACACUAACCUUCUUACUUUACUUUUUCAUUAUGGCUUUUAUUUUCUCUACUUAAUAAUUAUGGGGGAAAAAAUGGGGGAGGGGGGUAUUUUGGGGGUUUGCUAUAUUCUUACUUACGUUUACUAAAAUGAAAUUUAAAAAAAAUGCUUAUUUUGUGUAUUUCAUCCAUGCUUGACUGAAAUUUAAAAAAUAAAAUUAAUUAACUAACAACAUUUUUUAAAAUAGAGUCUUGAAACAAAGUACUGCGGGUGAAAAUGUAUAACACCACAGAGCCUUCCUUGCCUCUGUUUUCAUCUUGCUCCACAUAGCUCUUUGAUAUUAAAUCAAAUACUCUUUUUGUUUUUCUUUCAGAAAAAAUCCAAACGCUCAUUGUUAAGAGUAUCAGCAUCACUUGUUAACCUAAUAUCUCCAGGCAAACAUAAACAUGUAAGUAUGCAACAAGCACUGUGAUAUGUUAGCAAGAACUGUGAAAUUUCAGUUAUUUUAUCCAGUACCGGUAAUUCAGCUUGUGUUAUCAAUCUCUUUCUGUGUGAUUUUAAGUUUUGCUCCCAACGUCUGCAAUCUUGAGAGUGUACAAGGUCUUCAGUAAACUAUUUUUAUAUACCAGAAAUUUAAAAUUUCAAUUGCAUAUUUGAAUUGUAAUUCUGUGAGUGGGUAUUUUCUUUCUAUUUCAAUAAGGGUUGUGUAAACUUUAUGAAACUAUUUUGAUUUUAAAAAAAAGACAGUAAGACUAAAACGUAUACCAUGAAUUUUUAAAUAAAUCAUUAUGUUUGGACCCUCCUCUCCAUUUCAUCAUCAAAGGAUGACAUAACAAAGACAACUAUUUUAAUAGUUUUGGCAUUAUUUAUUUUAAAAAUGCAUGAAACUGUCAAUUUGAUUCUGUAAAUGUGAAUACAAGGAUAACAUAAUAUUCAUUCACUAUAACAUUAAUUCCAAGUGUACAUAGCUAACCCAGUUCUUACUUCUAAUAUUGGUUUGCUACUUCAGCAGGACAGUGAUGGCUUCAAGGUGCCCAGCUCGCCAGUGCGACAGCCUGCGUCACCUUACAAGCCACCACAGCCUUCCCCCGCAAAGAGGCGACAGCAGUUGACAUGGAUGGACUCGGUGGCAGGGGGGAAGAACUGCAAGUCAAUUCCAGCCAUGUCGAACACAGAUAUUAAACGGCAGGAGGUGGGUCAAUCAUUAAAUGAGCAGCCAAUAGUUAUGCAUUGAGGUUCAUUGAAACUACUGGUAGGAUAUUUUCCAAUUAAGUUUUUUUAAAUUUUUUAUUGAGGUCUCCGAUUGCUGACAGCCAAUGAUUUUUUUUCUAGGCAAUCUAUGAGCUGUUUCAAGGAGAGCGAGACAUGGUGGAGGAUUUAGUCAAUGUAACCAAGGUAAGACACAGGCAUGCAUCUGUGUUACAUACAAUAUGUCUUAAUAAAAACAUUUUUAGUUUUCCCAGUCAGAAAUUUUUAACCUUCUUAAUUUUUCAUAGAAUAAUUCAAUUUAGUUUUAAAAGUCAAUAAUUUGUUGUUUUACCACGCUGAUAGUCUAUGUGUGCUCUAAAGAGUUUUGAAGGAAAAAAACACCAUGUCCUGAUUUGUUAAGGCUUGGAUUAUUAGCCUCACUCAUUUUAACCAUCUUUUAAAUUGUAUCAUUUCUUAAGUUUAAUUAAUUAGUUAUUCAUUCCCCCCCCCCCCACCCCAUUAUAGCUGUAUAGAGAUUCCUUGAUCACUCUUGGGUUGAUGUCCCAAGCUGAUGUCAACACUCUGUUUGGCAAUAUUGACCAGCUCAUACCUGUUCACAGAGGUAAGAAGUUUAUUGAGAGCUGUUGUCUGCUUUUAUGAAUACAGUUUAUAAUGGGUUACACAAUAUUUUAGCUAUUGUAUUCUUGUUGUGCAUAUGUCUUACCUUUUUUUUGUAUCUUAUUGUUAACGAACAGUUUUUCUUUAAAAGAAAUUAUUAGGAUCAUUUUAAUUUUUUUUAAAUCUCAUAAUAUUUAUAUAUAUCUAUUUCAGACUUGUUAACAAGACUACAACAACAGCGAAAGUCUGACGGAACAACACAUAAUGUUGGGAGACAGAUAUUUGAAUGGGUAAGGGGUUCCCCUACUGCUCACAAAACAGUCUCUGGAUUGUUACAUUGAAACCUUAUACUGCUUACACUUUCCAAUAGUGGUGUGUAACAUCAAAGGGAAAAAAAGGCUUAAGUUGGUAGUUUUUUUUUUUUACCUUCACGUCAUAGAUUUCAAAUUAAAUCGUAGCUCGGUUGAGAUAGGAUAUUUCUUUAUUAUAAGUUAUCAUAUAAAAAUGCAAGUCCCACUUUACUAAAUUAUCACCUAUUUUUUUAUAUGUUAUAUUUAUUUGUACUUUGACAACAUGCUUUGUGUCAAUCAACUAAUGAAAUACAUUAAACUGCUCUACAGACCAACAAACUCAGUGCCUACAUAGCAUACUGUGCCAACCAGAUUAAAGCCAAGUCUAUAUUUGAUGAAAAGAAAAAUGAAACGGCCAUCAAUGAUUUCUUCCAGCGUUGCCUUGCGUCCUCCUUUAGUAGGAAGCUUGAUCUAUGGUCCUUGUUAGGUAAGUUACAAUAUUCUUGUUGUGUACUCAAACAUUUUGUCUGUACUUCAGCUUAUUAGCACAUCUGGUGUCUCUCUCUCAAUUUGAAGCUUCCUGUGUUUCAUACCUUUAAAUCUAUUUUAUUUAAAUUAAGCAAAGUUGUUAAAUAUUUGAAGGCUAUAACUGUUUCUUUAAAAAUCAUACACAUAAAAACUUUAAAUAUAACUGCAGGUAGUGCAAAUGAAUGAAAUAAGUUGAAGAAAUUAGUUUUUAUCACUUUAAAGGCUUAAAUAAGAAAGUAAAGUAACUCAAGAUAAUUUUAAGUUUCAUUAGUAGAAUUUGUUUGGCUCAGCAUAAAUUGUGUUCGUUUUACAUCAAAUUGUGAUGUUGGUAACAAGUGCUUUGAAAUAGGACCUAGAUUCUCUUUUUAGAUGCUUAUUAAUAUUGUAAUGAUUUUGAUAUUUGUUCACCAACAGAUGGAGCCAGGGGACGAUUUCUCAAGUAUCCACUGCUUGUUCGCAGCAUACUGAAAUAUGUAAGUAUACAAAAAUCAACAUGCUCAUUUUACUAUAAAAUUAAAAGUUACUUGUCGCAAGAAAACAAAAUUAAACAUUUUUGUCAGCCUUGGUAUGUGAACCAAAAUUCUUUUGCUUAAAAACAAAAGAUAUUUUUUUUUAUGUUUGCAAACAUGAUUUGUUAAUGCCAAGCUUUCUUAUGGUGUAAUGACUGGCAAUAUUUUUGUUUUCAGACACCUAGUGACAGUGGAGAUGUCACAUACCUUGAAAAAUCUGUAAGUCUAUGUGUCACUCAUUCUAUUUUGAUUGUUUACCAAAUAAUAUCCGAAACUGAAACUACAUAUAAACUCCUCAUUAAGGCCUGCCAGACACUGGAAAAAAAUAUACGGGUGCACAUAAGUUAGUUAACUGAACACAAUGAAUAAGAAUGAAUUUGGAUAUUUGACACAAUUUUCCACACAAAGAAAACCCCCCAAAAAACAAAGGCAUAAAAAACACAUUACUUUCAGAGCGAUUUUUUUUUUUUUAUUAAAGUGGUGAAUACUAAAACAUUGUUUUUUUCUAUCGCUUUGAAAUCAGAUUAAACUUAUGGAAAAAAUCAUCAGAGAAGCAGAUGAAGCAACAGGUGUCUCAAGAUGUGAACAUUCAAAGUCUUUGUUGAUUUACUUGUUUGAUGAUCAGGUACUGAACAUUUCAAUCUUAUCUUCGGCUUGUUCUAAAACAUUUCAUCUUAUCUCCAGCUUGUUCUAAAACAUUUCAUCUCAUCUUCUAUUUGUUCUAAAACAUUUCAUUUUAUCUUCUGUUCUCAAACAUUUCAUCUUAUCUUCUGUUUGUUCUCAAACAUUUCAUGUUAUCUUCUGUUCUAAAACAUUUCAUCUUAUCUUCUGUUCUAAAACAUUUCAUCUUAUCUUCUGUUCUAAAACAUUUCAUCUUAUCUUCUGUUCUAAAACAUUUCAUCUUAUCUUCUGCUUGUUCUAAAAACUUUCGUCUUAUCUUCUGUUUGUUCUAAAACUUUCAUCUUAUCUUCUGUUUGUUCUAAAACUUUCAUCUUAUCUUCUGUUUGUUCUAAAACCAUAGUUUAAAAUGAUAUGAAAUGCAUAUAUUUUUUUUUUUCAACUUUUAUUCUUUGGACAAAGUGGUGUUUAAUUUUACUUAUCAAUACAUUUGUGCUUUACUCAAUAUACAAAUAGAAAUAUUGUGUUCAUAAAGUGGAUUUUGUGUAAGCAUUAACAAUUAUAAUAAUUUUUUUAUUCACAGAAAAUUCCAGAGAUUCAAGCAUCUCAAGCCCUCUUGUGUAAUGGAUGCAUGAAGAACACUAAAGGAAGUGUAAGUGAUGAUGUUGUAUGAUUUAUCAAGCAUCAUUUUAAUGACUAGAAUGAAGGUUCUCAUCCUUUUUCAAGUCUCCAAUAUAUUUUAUUAUACUUGGAAAAAAAAAAAACGGCAACUUCAUGACAUGUUUGGAUACAAUUUGAAAGAAAAUUAUAGAUGAUUAAUAAAUUCUACAGAGAAACAUGUUACAAACCCCACUUUAAAGAUUACAAAAAACACCAUUUUAAGAGGACUACAACUUUGAUAUUAUUAUGACCAAGGCCAACUCUUUUAGAGUUAACUGUUGAUGCAUGCACUAUAACCUCCUAAAACAACCAUAGUUGUUAAAAAAAAAAAGGGCAUAAAUAUAGCGAGGAGCUUCAAUGGGAUAGCAUUUUUUUUGUAGUAGUUUAUUAAUGUGAUUAUUUUUCAUGAAAAACUUUUGUAGCUGUUUGUGGUGGAAUUGAAAUGUUCAUUUGUCUAAUCCUUUAUUUUUCAGAAACUCUAUGUGUUUCUGUUUGACCAAGUUGUUUUGGUCUCAAGGUCCACCCAGCAAAACGGCAAACAGAUGUACCAGAUUUACAGACAACCCAUUCCCACCUCAGAGUUACUUGUGGAGGACCUUCCCGAUGGCGAGGUGAAACUUGGCUCAUUCCGCAAUGCUUUUGGCCAGGGGGGUCAAACAGGUGAGAACCUUGGGAGGGGCACCUUUAUUAGUCUGGCUGCUUCAAAAAGUCUGGCAUAUUGACUUUUUUUAUUUAGAAUUCCAUUUUUUGUUAUUACCAUUUUCUGAAGCAGUGUACUCUUUAAUUUGUAAGAAAACAUUAGUAGUGACAGUUUGAAUAGCAUCAAAUGAUUUAAUGAUCUUAAAAUUAACAACAUCUUAAACAUUCUUUACCAAACUGUACCAUUUUUAAUUUGUUUUAAAAAAUGUUAUUUACUUUUCUUUAGGUAAAAAUUUGAUAAAAAUUUCCUUUGUGGACUCGGACCGAGGCCAGGCUCACACUCUGAUUGCCAAUGAUGAACACGACAAACGUCAGUGGAUGCAGGCUUUCCAUAAAGUCACCACUAAUAUUGUGGUAGUGCCGGAGAGUAAAACCAAGGACAAGCAGCCUGUCAACUAAACAGUUGCAGUCUUUGUUAUGUUAAGAUUAAUUCUAGGCUGCUACUUUAGAUGCAUCUGUUGAUUAUGGGAAAAAUCUUUUUAAAGGAAAAAAAUGCUAUGGAAAUGACUUAACGCAGUUAAUGCUUCUUUGUACAGAUACAGCUGCUUUUUAUUAAAUAUUUUUUUUAUAUGGACUAACUUACAGUAACAGAUAAAAUUCACAUAGAAAAUAUUUAUUUCCAAGCUUUAUAUGUAAAGAAAUAACCCCCCUAAAAGUAUUUAAAUCUCAUAUCACUUGUUUUGUUCAUCAAAUUGCUCAAUUCAUCAAAACUUAAAGGUGUAACUAAAUAAUGAUGAAUCGUUGAGUAUGAAGCAAAGUGAACAAAGUGUGGCCGAUGCAUUUAUAUUUCCACGCAUUUGUUUUUUAAAAAACAAAAUCUAUUUAUUACUCUUUUUAUUUAAUUGUCUUUUUUGUGUCCACAAGCUUUAAUUUAAACUUUAUUUCAAGUUUGCUCAUAUCAUUCAUGAAAUGGACUCAGGGUUGUUUAUAUUAUGGUUUGUAUAUUUUUAUUUUAAUAAGCCAAUGCACAAAAAACUUACAAUUUGGGAUGGAUUUUUUAUUAUUUUUUUGAGUUGCUCUAUGGAAAAAAUAAAUAAAUUUAGUUAAUAAGUUAAUUUAUAUUUCACCUGCGUUGCCUAUUGUGAUGUCGUUAUUUGUAGAGCUUUCAUUUCAUUAAUUCACCUAAACUUCAGCCAAUGGCACGAUGUCGCUAAGCAACUAAUGUAUGGGUUGGACUAUAUUCUUAUUCGCUUACUCGAACAAUUUUUAAGGUAUAUUAUUUUUUUCUAUAUAGAAAUACAAUGCACUUGUAAGUUUUAGCACCAUUAUAUGACCGGUGUUGGAAAUCAAGAUUUAUAAAUGUAUUCAAUAAUAGAUUUGCUAACUAGAAAUACUAUAUUUGUUUGACUCAAGUGGCCAAAAUUGUACUCAAUAUAACCAGUGUUUCUGAUAUAAAUCAUGACUGCCAAAUUUUACUGUUGUGUCUGCUAG